AUGAUGGGUGGUGGUGGUGGUGUUGUGCCACCAGUUCUGCUUGAUGAAGCUCGUGUACCACGAUUUUAUCGCGACGCCAUAGCUGCAUGUGGUGCCACGCAACAAAAUAUGCUUCCCCAUACCGCUCUAGUAUACAACUUGAUGGUGACGUCUGGCUUGCCAAGGCCUGUGCUUUCUUACAUCUGGUCGGCUGUGAAUCGUACACUCCCAGGCCAAUUAACUCGUCCAGAGUUCUUCUCCUGUUUGGCUCUCAUUGCUCUUGCACAGAAAGGCGAAUCGCUAGCAGCUUUAUCAACAAUGUCUUCACUUCCUAUUCCUUUCCUUCAGUCAGUGCAGGUGCCUGUUGCACCAUCCCUCGCUGCCCCUGUAGUUAAUGUCGCUAAACCUACAGCUCCGCCACCCAAGGAACAGCGGCAGACUUCUUCAUUUAUACCGACCUCUCUACUAAUGGGUAAGCGGAAUAACGCGAAGAAAAAAGAUAUGGAUUUGAUAGGAGAAGCAUUACCUCCUACUAUCAAAUCACCAGGUAAAGAUGAAGCAGGAUCGGUCCUACCAUCAAUAUCUGGUGAGUUAGGUGAUGUACUUGAACGUACAUCUGUGGCGUAG